AUGGAGCGACGUGUGGAUGGAGCGGCGUGCGGAUGGAGCGGCGUGCGGAUGGAGCGGCGUGUGGAUGGAGCGGCGUGCGGAUGGAGCGGCGUGCGGAUGGAGCGGCGUGUGGAUGGCGAGGGAUACGGACUCAUGCGAUUCGCAUCUGUGUCUGCUCUCCGCGCAGAUUCCUCCAGGAUGAUGUUCGCGACGUGGUGGAUCUUCAUCACGGUGAUCACGGCGUUCUACACGGCGAACCUGACGGCCUUCCUCACCCUGGCCAGCUACGACAUCCCCAUCCAGACCAUCAGGAACAUCCCAGAGCACGGCAUGAAAUGGAAAGCCCUCGGGAAGGGGGCGCUGGAGACGCUCAUCAGGAAAGGAGUCGACUCGAACGGGACCGGCUCCGACGUCGUGGAUCCCUUCCGCCCCAUCCGCGGCGACAACAUCGACGACUGCUUCGCGAGCGAGCCCCAGCCCUCCGCUUCCACGCUCGACAGCGUCGCCGCCGGGACCCACGUCUACAUCGACGACAAUGACGUUCUGCGGUACGUCGUGGUGUCCGACUACAAGACGCAACGGAAGCGCAACAGUGAGGCGAAGAGCUGCCGGUUCCUGGUCAGCACUCAGACGAUCUACACGUAUAAUCUUGGGUUUGCCUAUCCCCUCGGGAAGCAGGGGAUCCGGGACGCCUUCGAUCCCUUCAUCCGACGCAUGAUGGAGUCGGGCCUCGUGACCCAGUGGGGGAAGAAGCCCUUCCCCGCCGCCCCAAUCUGCGGGCUGCCGACGGGAUUCCAGGAGAGAUCGCUGCAGAACACGGACCUGCUCACCACGUAUUACCUGUGCCUGUACGGGUUCGGGGGAGCCGUGCUCGCCUUCGUCAUCGAGAAGAUCGUCCGCAAGAGGUGCCGCCGAUACCUUAAGAAACGACAGGCGAAACAACAGGCGAAACACCAGGCGAAUCACCCGCCCGCCCCCGCGAUCUCGGGCGUGCCCACGAUGCGUCGCAUCUUCGUCCCCCGCAGCGGCGUCCCCACCCCCCUCGGCACCCGCGUCCCCCAACCCCCCAACGCCAUCCCCAUCCUCCCUCCCCCCUACGUCCCCCCUCCCUCCAUCUGGGACUACGGCGGCCCCGACAAGAACCUCCAGCCCCUCGCCGCCCAGUCCGCCAAGAGCAAACUCUCCAUCGGCGGCGUGAGGAUCUUCGGCGACGACCCCGACAACGUCGUCUACAGCAUCAACGGCCGCCCUUACGUGAUCGUCAGGGACAAGGACGGCUUCGUCCGCGCCAUGCCGGCCGAGAAACUCAAGAAGUGA